AUGACCUCGCGCGAGGCGCCGGGGGCCCCGAGCGCGGCGCCCGGAGCUGCGGGCGGAGCCGAGGGGGGCCUGUUCAGCGAGGCGAGGCAGAGCGGGCGCGCAACCUGGGGCUGGCACCGCGCCUGGGACACCAAGUACCGCAGGUGGGACCGGAGGUGGCUCUGGAUGCUCGCGGCGUCGCAGGCGUCGUUCAUGUACCUCGUGACGCACGCCAACAACCGCCGGGAGCACGCCGAGGCGCUCUCCGACAUGGGCGACAGCGCGGCGCUGUUCCGCGAGGAGGCGGACGCGCUCGAGAGGCAGGAGAGCGAGCUCGUCGCGGCCAUGCAGGACGCCGCCAGCGACGCCCGGUGGCGGGGGUCCCCCCUCCCCGCACUCCUCACGCGCGUGCUCGCCGACCACUACGGCCCCGACGCGGCCCCGGCGAUCGACCGGGCAGCACGCGCGCCGCGCUGGCGGCGCUGGCUCGGGCUCUAG